UCGCUCGUUCGGCACACAGUCGAACGCCUUCGCCACUGGACGACGGACGUCGUCGCCGUCGCCGUCGCCGUCGUCUUCGUCAUCGUCGUCGUCGCUACCGUAGCUGUCACCGUCCUCGUCACCGUCGUCGGCAUCGUCAUCCUCGGGACCAUCAUGUCGUACAUCAUGAUCGGCAUCCUGAUGAUCCUCGUGUCGAUCGCGCGCGGCUGCUCCGGCUGCCCGUUUUGCGCCAGGCAACUGUUGCAGCAGCUGCAGCAGCAGCAGCAGCAGUCGCAACAGCAGCAGCAACAGGAGCGGCAGGAACAGGAGCAGGAGCAGGAGCAGGAACAGCAUCAGCAUCAGCAGCAGCAGCAUCAGCAGCAGCAGCAGGAACCGUACCGGUCGAUCGGCAGCCUGAGACCGUUCGGCGCCGACAGACCGACUCGCGUCCAGGAGUUCAACCGGACCGGCGUGCUGCACCCCGAGUACCAGAUACCGGCGACCAUCAGGCCCGGCAACGUGUCUCAGUUCUAUUACCUGAGCCCACGAGAAGGCCCGCCUCUCACGUUACUCGUUAGCCCGUGCAGCGGCCCAAUCUCAUGGACGGUCAGUUACGUGGAGCCGCCCGAAAACGAUCAGGAAGCGGAAGGAAUAAAGUCGCAAACGCGGUGGCCCGUGAAGACCCUGAAGCCGGGCUCGCCUCUCUUCACGUACGAAGGCGCGGACGACCAAAAUUUCACGAUACCAAAGACGCGGGCCGGUCUUUACUGGUUCGAGAUCAAGUCCGUGGACCCGGCGACCGACAACGGCGACUCGACGAGCCGCUCGUCUCCCGGCACCGUGCUCCUGUACGCGACGUCCAGCUCCUUGGAUCACGUGCCGGGCAUUUACGCCAACGACAAGGAGCACCGGCAUCGCUCACUGAGGUUUCAGCAGCGCCGGAGCAAACGUCGACUCACGGUAUCCUGGAACAAAAGCCACGUGGACCCUCACCUGUCCAACUACUGUUUAGCCGUGACGUCCGGCACGCAGCCGCAGCCGUCGACGCUCUGCGCCGCUCGGGACGUUCUCAAGGCGCACCCGCACACCACGAGAACCGGCUCCUCCUCGAAGGAGCACCAUCAUCGGGGCCACCCGGAAGGGCUGCACUGCGUGCGGCAGACCAAGCUGACGCUCCACAGAAUGCGAUACGACGCUACGUACAACUUCACUCUAUACGUGGUGAACACGCGGAACAACGUUUCCAAUCGGGUCGCCGUCGACAGCAUCAGGUUCAAAAAGCCGGAGCUGACACUGCGGACCGGCCGCUACACCACGGCUAAUCUGCGGAAGACGGAUGGCUUCGUGAACUUCCGCUAUCGGCCGCCGGAUAACACCUCGAGCAUCUUUCACAUACUUCCCUGCGGCGGCGGCAUCGUCAAGGCGAAAUUGAGCGGGCCAGAAGUAUUGCGGGAGAAAGAAGUGGUGGGAUAUGCCUCAUUACGUGUACCUCCUCUGCCUCCCGGUAAGACGUACACGUUGCGUAUAUCGACCACACCGCAGGAGCUGGUCCGAGUAUCCACUAUAAAAGUCUUGGCCACGCAGGAGUCAUCCACCAUUUAUCCGCAAAUACCGACGAAAAAUCCGCCGCGAGAGUACCGGUCCCUGAGGACCUGUCACGAAGUGACGAUAGGCGUGGAGCCUGCCGGCGCCGCCAAGUACUGCAUCCUGGUGAAGGAGCUGCGGAGCUCCUCGUCUUUGGCGAGCGUCACGACCGUUCCGGACCAGUGCGGGCUCCAUCGGCGCAGACGGUCCGAGUAUACGUUCGAGGUCUGCAAGGAGCAGCGGGACCCGCCGAAGGACCGGGCGCUACCGUUCACGCUGACAAGGCUGCAGCCUGGCAAGGCUUACCUGCUGCAGAUCACGGCGCAGCUGAAGGGCCAAUCCUUGUCCUAUCCGCUGCUGGGUGUGCGCACACGGCGUUUCUGUGACACAUGAUCCACAUGAUUCCUACUGAGCGAACUGCGGCAACAGCGACUCGACGAUAAUCUACACCGCUAGUGACUUCUUAGAUUUCCUCCUCCCCGAGCUCUCUGUUAUGAUUAAAAGAUAAUUUAUCAUCACGAAGAUACAUCCACGAUGCCCGUGAAAUCUGAUCCAUCUUCGCGCGAGGACAUUCGGAUGCCAAUCGGAUAUCGCGCUCGGUCGUUCACUUUCGGCGCCGAUGUGUAGUCGUCGCUCGAAACUUGUCGCUCUCAAGUGAGACACACUUGGAUUUCGAGUCGAAAUUGGACGUGAGUUCUUCUUCUCUGAGUCGCGAUUGUAGAUUGCUCUCGGUGCGCUAUUAAUAGUUGCCACGCUUGAAUGUGAGACCUCUGGAGCUGGUGACCUCCAGAUCGUGUGACAAACGCGAUCAAGCUGAAGAUUCGCGUCUAACUGUGGAUUCAAAUCGACCGAGUAUCAUACACGAUUACUACUGAGAUCAUGCACAGUUUCAAGCGUGAUUACUGAUACGUGUCAUAUAUAUCAUACGCUUCAACUGAAAAUGAAACUUUCAAUCAAAGUGAAAUGAAGUUAAAAUCUGAAUUAAAUUAAAGUCUGAGUAUCUCGCGCGAAAAAUAGGUCGAGACAACUGUUGAUAGGAAUCUUCGAGAGUGACGUGGAAAAUCGAGUUUCGGAGGUUCAUCCGAACAAGUAAAUGCCAUCGUAUUUUUUUAUAUUUCUAAAUUUCCUGUCGCGAGAUAAAGACAAAUAUCGAUCGCGAUAUUUAAAGUGAAUCUUGCGGGUUUUCUGUCUUGUCGUUCGAUCGAUGUAGGGAGGGGGGAGGAGGAGGGAUAUUGGAGAGUCGUUAUCGGGUUCGGGGAUUACGUUCGGUCGCAUUUCGAGGCACAGUCUAGUCUAGAUUUUACGCAACGUACAAUCGCGGCGUCCGCGGCGGGCGCGGGGCGACCAUACACACAUCGACGUAUAUUUUGCUAUUUGUGUAAUGUACAUGUACAUUCUUAUAUAUAUACGGUACGCCUUUUUAUCUUGGAUAAGUCGACACCGAGUAUUUCUGCAACUUACACGGCGAAUUUGUAGUCGGAUGUAAGCCGCGCUCGAAAUCGCGAGAGCGAGAAUGAGGAAAUCGAUUUAGAUAGAUAAGUAAGUCAACGCUUGUUCGCGCACCUGCGGUGUGCGAGCAACGAAGCACGCCUUGACACAUUCGUAAUAAAAGUUACAAGAAUCGUUCCUGUGACACACACACACACAGACACACACACACACACACA